AUGAAGCAAUUUAAUUAAUUGAAAAACUUUAACUAUUAUGUUGCAAGUUAUCACAUUUUGCUUGAAAUGAAUUUUAUUAACUUAAACAAAUUAUGGUUAUAUUUGAUUCAUUUGAUAUCAGAAUUUUAGAUAUUUGGAAUCAUCGUAUUAAAUUUGAAUGAAGAAUUACUUUAAUUACCCUUAAUGAACAUUGAUUAUGGAUUGAACAUUAUUUCUAUUGUUUCAAGACCAUAUAAAUUAAUUGUUAAAGAUAACUUUUUUUUAUAUUCUUACACUAUUCCAUUAGCAGUUCUAUCAUUUUAUAUAAUCCAUUAGUUCUUUACUUACUAUUAAUUUUCAAACUAAUCUUAAAAAAGUAUAAUGGAAUAUGUAAUGAAAAGCAAUAAUAUUAAACUUAUUUUUCAUGGUUUAAAUUUAAUAUUUAUAGCAAUAUUUGACAAACUAUUUUGUAUACCAUGUAUCCAAUUAGCAUGUUAUUCAGUUCAAAAAAACAUAAGUAAUGAAUCUUUUGGAGCUUUGGAAUUUAUUAAUACAUUAUUUUCUAUGAUUGCAUUAAUUCUAAUAUUUUGGAUUCAAUUAUUAUAUUUGAUGUUAGUGAAAGAAGCUAUUACAUUAUAAUUAUUUAAUUUUAAAGUGCUAUUAUUUUAAGGUUUAGACUAUUUUUAUACAUUUUUAAUUUACAUUUUUGUAAUAUUAGAUUGUAUAAAUUUAGAAAAUAAGGUUAGGAAUUACUUAAUCUUUGUUUUAUUUAUAAUUUCAUCUAUAUUAAAAUUAAAUUAGUUAUUAACAAAAUAUUAAUAUGUAAGUGAUAUACAAGAUUUCUUAAUUAAUUUGAAUGUAGCAUUUAUUAUAAUAUCAAUAAUAUUAAUAGGAAAUUAAUUUAUUUAAGAUAAAUAGAAUUUAAUUAUAAUUGUAGUAAUAAUUCCAAGUUUAAUUAUAACAAUAGUAUAAUAAAUAAAAAAAAAAAUAGAUUUUAAUAUGCUUGUAAUACUACCUGAAAAUUAAUCUACAUAUACAUAACAAUAUUUAAUAACAGUAUUUUCAUAAAAAAAUUAAUUGAAUUGUAUUUAAUAAUUCAGUCUUUCAUUAUUUGUAUUUAAUCAUAAGAAUAAUUGUCAAGACAAAUCAUGUUAAUGUAAAAAAACAGGUUUGAUGGAAAAUGAUAUUAAAUUAAGAUAAUUAUAUCUUAAAUAAUUAAUAUUAGAUUUUGGGAAAUCAAUAAAUAGAUUAGCUGAUUAAAGUUUAAGAGGAUUCUUUUCAUUAUUUUAUAUAUAAAGUUUAAUUGCAAUAAAUUAAUCAGUUAAAGCAUAUCAAUAAACAAAUAUAUUACUACUUAAAUAAAAUGUUCAUUAAAUUAAUGAUUAAUAAAAUAUCUUUAGUGAAUAAACUAGCUAUUCAAUAACAGUUGAAGAAAAUUAGAAUGUUUAUAAAAAGAAGAGUAAUUCAGAUAUGAUUCAUAGACUUGAAAAGAUCUCUUUAAAUUAAAUUAGUUAUAUUAAUCUCAUAAAAUUAAGUAUUAUAUUAGAAAUAGCAAAAUAAAAUUUAAUUUCAAGUUUUAGUUUUGGAAAUGUAGUUUAAAAAACAUAAUUAAGCUAAAGUGUUCAAUUAUUUAUGAAAGUUGAAGAGUAACAUCAAUAAUUAAAAUAGAAUAUUAUAAAUAUUAUCAAUAGAAAGAAAGAUAUAUUUAUGAUAAUGUCUUCAACUACAAGAUUAAAUCCUGAAAGAUUCUUACAUCAAUGUUUAGAUUUGAUAAGAAAAAUAAACUUUAUGGAAAAUGAAUUAUCUCAUUUGUUUUAAGAAUUUCCAAGUAAAAAAAUGUAAUCUAUAUAUUCAUUUUAUUGUGCUGAAAUCUUAAGUAAUUUUUUGUAAGCUUAUAGAAUUAUCAAUUAUAAUGCAAUAUCUGAUAAUGCUUUAAUUAAAAUAUAAAAAAACUAUUAAGUGGAUUUAUUAACUACAUAAUUACAUUAUAUGAUUUUAGUAAUGGAUCAUUAAGGAACAGGCUUAUAAAUAGUUGAAAGAUCACAUUAAAUGCAUAAAAUAGUUGAAUAUGAAUAAUAAGAAUUUAAAGAAAUUAAAUCUAUACUUUCCUUAUUACCAAGAGGAUUUUCUACUAUUCAUAAACAUCUUAUUGAAGAUUUCUUAAUUUCAGGUAGAUCUAAGUUCUUUAGGGAAUAAAAUGUCAAUUUAAUUUUAUAAAAAGAUUCAUUUUUAAGUCCAGUUGAUUUUUUCUUUGAUUUUGACCUAACAAAAUUAUAAGAAUUGACUUUUUAAGUAUUUUUCUCAGAAACAAAUGGUACUAAUUCUUAUUUAAUUCUAAAUAAUAAGAAUUUAAUUUUAGGUGUAACAAGAGAAUUAUGUAAAUAAUUAAAAUUAUAAGAGUUUGAAUUCUAAAAAUUACCAGAAUUAUUUUAUUUAACUGAAAUUUAAUAGAUAAUACCAGAAUUCUAUUAAUUAAUAGAUCAAAAUAAAAUUGAUAAAAGUUAACCUUUUUCAAAUGUUUAAAUCAUUUUUAAUGAUAAAAAUCAAAAUGGUUAAAAAUCUUUAUAAACUUAUAUUGAUUAAAUGAAGAAAAAUCCUGAAUGUAUUAGAUUUUAUUAUGCUAAUAUUGUGGUAACAAUAAGAUUAACUCAUUCAAUAAUAGAAAUAAAAAAUGUUGUAGAAUCAAAAAAAUCAAUUCAAUAAGAAUCUAUUGAUUAAGAUAAUUUUGAAUAAGAAUGUUAUGAGUUUAUUGAAGAAUUGCAUAUAUAAUAGCCUAAUUUAUUUAAUAAUGAUUUAUUCCCUAAAUUAAAAAAAGAACCUGAAAUUUAGAUUGAAUGUUUUAUUUAAGAAGAAAUACCUGAACAUAUUGAUUAAAUUGAUACUAAUAGAGUAGUAUCUAUAUAAUAAAGAUAAUUACUAUCUGAAUCAAUAUAAUAAUAUGAUUUAAUUAGUCCUGGAAAAAGUAAUAGAUAAUUAAUUGAUAAAACAAAUAGUUUUGUAACACAUUAAAUAAAUUUCAGUAGCUAAUAAAGAUUCUUUUAAAAUUAAAUAGAAGAGAAAGAAAAAGAAUAAUCUUAAUCUAAUUAAUCAGGAGCUGAAAAAGGAUUUGCAAAAUUAAAUUAUGAAUAAAAUUAAUAAAAUGCUGAAAUUAGAGAAAAUUUAAGAUAAUAAUUAAAUGAAGAAAAUUAAACUUCUAUACAUGCCAAAAAACUUAAUUUAGAUAAUGCAGCAUCUAGUACUUUAGGAACAUUUUCCUAAAAUUUUUAACUAUUUAAAAAGUACGAAUUAUUAUAAUAAAUUGUAUCAUCUGUUAAAUUUUCAAUUAUGUUUGAUUUAAUGAUAUUUUCUCUUUUGAUUGUUUCUUUGAUAUCAAUUAUCUUUGCUAUAGUUUUAAUAAAUAAUUCAAGUACUGAUAUUUAUAGUGCUUUAAGUUAGUUGCAAAUGUUAGAAUUUUAUACUUCAUUUAUGAAUCCCUGUUAUUUAUUUUUAUCAUCAUUUGCUUCCACUUAUAAUUAUAGAAAUGGAACAUUUGAUCAUAAUUAACAAUAAAACAUAUAAUCCUUAAUUCAAUACAAUCAAUAUGUUAUAAAUCAAUCAUUUGUAAAUAUCAAAUAAAGUUAUGCUAAUUAAUCUAAAGGUAGUUUACUUUAAUAAGAUUUAUCAACUACUUUAAUAGAAUUUAAACACAUUAAAGAUAAUUCUUUUACAUCUGAAUAAAUUUCAUUACGUGAAUCUAUAUUUUCAAUUAUUCAAUAUCAAUAUAAUUUUUAAACUAUUUUUAUUUAAGAUAAUGGAAUAGAAAAAAUGAUGUAAUAAUUAAUCCAAUAUAUUAUAAAUUUGAAUGAUAUCAACAAUGAAAUUUUGAAUUUAAAUACAGAAAUUAUUACUUAUAUUAGUGAUAGCAAUUUGUUAUUAUAACAUAAGUGGAUAGUACUUUGUAUUAGAUGUAUUUAUUUAAUUUUACUAUUUUAAUUAUCUGCUUGGCUAUUAUACAUUAAACAUAUUAGAAAAUACUCCAAACUUUUAAAAUUAUUUUAGAAGGUUGAUGUUGUUUGGGUAUUAAGAGACUUAGAAAGAUGUAAGGAAUUACUUAGUUUACUUAAUAAGGAUUCUAAUUUAAUGUUUAGAUAUAAAUUUAAUAUCUUUUUAAAGGAAAGAUUCUUUAAAAGUGAAUUAUCUAAAAAACAUAUUAUAUAAGAUAAGAUUAAGAGAACAGGAUUCAUAAAAUUAGAUACUAAAUAAAAACUAUUAUUAAGUAGGUUAGGCAGUUUUUUAUUUUAUUCAUCUCUUUUUGGUAUUUUCUUUAUUUUUUCAUUUGUUAUGAAUUUAUAAGGGAUUAAAUUUAUGGAUUAUUAUCAAAUAAAAAGUUUAUAAUAUAAUUCAAUUGGUGAACUUGGUUUAUCUAUUCCUAAAGCUUAUAGUUUAAGAGAAGUAUUGUAUUUUAAAAGUAAUAACUUUGUUGGUUAUGAAUAUAUAUCAUAAAAUUUAACUGAACAAUAUUUACAAAUCAUAUAGAGUAGUUUAGAUAGUUUGAGUACUUAUUUAUAAACAUACACCUUACUUGAAAGUAAUUAUAAUGAUGAAAAAUUAUUGGAAUUAAAUAAUAAAACAUUAUGUGAAGAUGAAAGUAUUGUUAAAACUUUUGAUUUACAGUAAUAAUAUUUAUGUAAAUAAAUCUAUGAUAAUGUUAUGGAUAGAGGUCUAUCUAUAACAAUAACAAAAAUUAGGGAUAUUCUUUUGACUGAAAUGAAUAAUUCUUAAUCAUUUACUAGUAGAAUUAAUCCUCCAUUUAAUGAAAUAGAAAUUGGAAUAUAUUUAAGUGUUAUUAUUAUGAAUGUUUUACAAACCAUAAAAGCAGGACUCUCAGAGGAAGCAGAUUAAUUAAAUAUGACUAUUUAGGUAAUUCUAGAAUCAUAUAUUUAGAUUGUUUCUAUAAUUUAUUUAGUGUUUACAUUCCUAAAAAUAGGAUUCAUUCUAUUAUUUGUUAGAAGUCAUUAUUUGAAUGAAUUUCAAAAUGUUAAGAAAUUAACAAUCUUAUUACCAUAAGCUGCAUUAUUUAUCGAUGAUUUAUUUGAAAGGCAAUUAAGAUAGCUCAUUGCUAAAGAAAAUCUCGUCUGA